UCCCCGGAUGCAGCGGUUCGUGACCUUAAUCCCUUCCCGGGGUAUUUGGAUGUAAACAGAUGCUGGGCCGCCGCUCUCCCGCUGGCUAAAGCUGCGAAAGGUGGGUGAGUGGGUGGCUGAGGAGACCGGCAGCGGUGCCGCCGGCGGGAUGCCGCCGGGCAGUGCGGAGGAGUCGGGCCGGCUGCUGCUGAACGAGCUGCGGCGGAGGAAGUGGCUGGGGGUCGGCCUGCUGGCGCUGGCCUGUCUCGCCCUCCAGCUGCUGCUCAGCGUCUGGCUGCUGUGCGCCUCGGUGCUGCUGGCGCUGCUGGGGGGCUGGCUGGGCGCGCAGCUGGUGCUCAGCCCGGCCAGCCUGGUCCACCUGGAGCGGUUCGUCAGGCUGGAGCCGGCCCAGCGAACCCCGGGCUCCGAGCAGCUGCUGGCCAGGGAGAUCGAGGGCACCGUCGCCAAGAUCGUCCGGGACUUUGUCACCCCUUGGUACAGGACGGUCAGCCAGGAGCCAGGCUUUGAGAGCGAGGUGCAGAGGGCGAUGCACGCCACGGCCCUGGAGCUGAAGCGGAGGGUGGAGCGGCUGGACAGCAAGGGACUGGCCCGCAAGGUCCUUGUCCUCUGCAGCUGCCACCUGGAGGUCUACGCGAGGGCGAGGAGGGCGUCCGGCCAGAGGCUCGGCCGCAGCCGAGCGGAGGGGGCCCACCCCGCGUGGCAGGCGUACUGCAAGGUCGGCGACCCGCACGUCGCCCUUCAGAGCCCUGCGGCGGAGGCGAAUUACGCCAGGGGCAUCGUCGACCUGCUCUUGCACGCGCUGGUGCCCCGUCCCAAUCUGCAGACCAGGACGGGGAGAUUUGUGGUGCGGGAGCUGAUCGCGUGCAACGUGCUUCUGCCCCUGGUAGGCAAGAUGGCAGACCCGGACUGCAUAAACGGCAUUGUGAUAGAAAUGUUUACACACUCAAGCAGCGAGGAGAAAGCGAAGGCGGCACCCUUGCCGCUGGAGGUGCCCACUUCCUUGGUUUUGCAAGCCCAACAAGAGGCAAUCGCUGAAACCGUACCGGCUCCGGAAGCUGAAGACCUCCCCAGCUAUGAUACCGUUGACAAUUUCGAACCCAACCUGCAGGAGACUGAUACAUCAGCGGAUGGAAGUGUGAGUAAGUCCAGCGGAAAGGUUGAGAAAUCUACACGAGAUGUCACCAGUGGUUAUGAUCGCCAGAGGCCAGACAAGUUGAACCUCUUCUAUUCAUGUGAGGAAUUUGAACCGGAAUGCCCCCAAAAUGAUGUGAAAAAGGGUUCCACAGAAUCUUUAACACAGCUACCAACUGAAGAACUGGCUGUGGACAGGCUGACUCCAGCGGAACUAACUAAUACUUUUGAUACACCCGAAGAUGCAAGCAGUGAUGAGCAAAACAUAGGAGAAUCCACAGUUUCGGAUACAUAUGCUUGCUUGCCAUCAUUUGACCAAAAUACAGCUUCUCUGGGGCUUGAGAAUGUUGAUGAUGUUGGGAAAGAAGAGGCAUUUGCUAAAUUACCGACCUCCACCACGGUUCUAGCUCAUGAGACAAUCCGAAUUCUUUCCAGUCAGCAUCCUUUUCAGGAAAAGGAGACUAUUCCAUCAGAUAAUCUAACCUGUAACUCCUUAGAUGUUGUGUCUGCAGGACCUGUGCACACAUCUUCACCUACCUCAGUGAAUGUGUCCACUUAUAGUUUUGAACCUCUUUGCAGCCCGGACACACCAGUGGUGAUUCACAAUUUGAGAAUCAGUGGAACAGUCACAGCAAAAGAACACAGAGGAGGAGGAGUUCACCCUUACACAUUGUACACUAUUAAGUAUGAAACUGCACUGGACACAGAGAAUCCUGGAACACUCCAGCAGGUGGCGUACCACACUGUUAAUCGACGCUACAGUGAAUUCCUGAACCUGCAAACUAGACUGGAGGAAAAGGCAGAACUACGCAAGCUCCUCAAAAAUGUUAAAGGACCAAAGAAGCUCUUUCCUGACCUGCCCUUUGGAAACAUGGACAGUGACAAGGUUGAGGCUCGAAAAAGCCUUCUUGAGACUUUUAUUAAGCAACUGUGUGCCAUUCCUGAAAGUGCGUAUUCUGAGGAAAUGCAGGAGUUUCUGGCUCUAAACACCGAUGCCAGGAUUGCUUUUGUGAAGAAAUCAUUUGUGUCCAGGAUUGACAAGAUUGUUGUCAGUGCAAUUGUGGACACACUGAAGACCGCAUUCCCCCGAAUCGAACCCCAGAGUCCUACUGAGGAUGUGGGAGAGUGUGAGGUGGAUGGAAAAUCUCAAGGGGAUGGAAAGAAAGCGACCAAAUCUCGUCUGAGGUUUACUUCCAGCAAGAUUGCUCCAGCAUUGAAUGUUGGUGACAUUCAAGCAAAAGUCAUGUACUGCUACAAUGAGAACAGCUUGUCAGAAGGCCUUUGCAUAGCUGGCAUGGAGGAUUUCAUCAAAGAAAAAGAAAAACUGCUGAAAAGAACACAAAUUAAUUUGAAAGGAAAGGAGUCCAAAGAGGUUGCCAGUGUUGAAGGUGAUUAUGCAGCCAAAAAGCUGCAAGGCAGUGAGCCAUCUUCUUCUCACCAGGAUUUGAAUUCAGAGGGUUCUGAAACAGCCUUGGCAGAUGUAGCAUUGGAUCUUCUUUGUUUGCUGAUGAAAGAUCACUGGAGCUGGCUAUGUACUGAGAACAUGCAAAAAGUCAUUAGGCUGCUGUGUGGGACCCUGAUAGAACGGUGGCUUGAGGUCCAGAUUGUUAACCUGACAUGUACUCAACACUGGGUUGUGUACCUCAAGCUUUUACAGGAAGCUAUCUGGCCUGGAGGAACCUUACCCAAAUGGCCAAAGCCGGUCAGAACUCAAGAACAGAAAGCACAGACCCAGGAAUUAGCCUUCCAAUGUCUAAUGAAGAUGCUGCCAGCUCUGGUUCCUGAAGUUCUUGGUGAGGAGGGUUAUAAGAAAAGUUGGCAGGUGGUGCUGGAGUCUCUGCAAGAUCCUAUGAUAAACAGACACCUGGUUUACUGCAUUUGGGAUCUACUGCUGGAGUUCCUGAUUCCAGAAGCUUCCAGUGAGGAAUUCCAAAAGUCUUUACUUGCCUGUGCUUCUGGCAGUUCUGAGAAACUACUGGGCUGAGGGUAAGAACCAAUCGCCAUGCAGUGACUGAAUACAAAGGAAAUUUGUCACAAAAGCAUCAUUUGGACAUCACUACCAGAGAUCAGAUGAAACAAAGUGUGAACAACAUCUUUUUGCACUACAAUGUGCAGCAAGGAAAACACCAAGCCUGAAUUUUGUACAUUUCAACUUCAGAUACAUCAUAAAAUGACAGCACAUGAUAAUAGGCUAUUUGUUGAAAGUGUGUAAUGCAUGUUCAGACAUCAUCUGAGCCUUGAGCUUUGUUCAUCAGAUAUGAUUGGAACCUGUUAUUGGAAAGUGCACUGGCCAUCUCAAGCGGAGUGGAAAUGCUUUUGAGCAGAUAUACAAAGCAAAUCAAAAUGAUUAGAAUGCUUAAUAUUGCAGUAAAAUGGAAAGCAGUACUUCUCCAAAAUGUUUUAAAGGAUUUGGGAUUCACUUGAUGCUUGAAAACCUAAACGUAAGUUUCUAUAGCAAGCUUCUAAACGAUUCCACCUAACAAUUCAUCCACGUUAAUAACUUUGCAGCAUUUAUUACACUUGUGCUGACAAGGCCAAUCUCCACAAUUGCAAUAAUUAACCAAUAUUUAUUCAAACAUUCCUAAAAUAGAGAUACAAACACUGAAUAGCACAAUGCGAGCUUAUUGUUAAGCACUUUUUGAGUACCAGGGCCAGGAAGUUCCUCAGAAUUCUGCUUGCAUGAGAAUUCCCGAAAGUGCAGUGGAAAUUUAUUUUACUGCACUUUAAAGCAGAGUAACCCCCAAUGGAAAGGGAGCAGCUCUGAUGAAUUUCCCACCCAAAGAACUGAAAAACUAAAGCUGCACCCUCAUUAUAACAUGGUGCCUGAGAGCUGUGCAUUUCGGUGAUGAAUUUGCCAUAAUAUGGCCUUAGGUAUAAUGGAAGGUAUCAAAAUUAAGUUCCAAUUUCUUUGAGAGAUGGUUGGAAUGAGAGCUUAUUUUUUAGAAGCCCUCUUCAUUUGCUACAUAUUUUCUUUUCUAGUUUGUUGAACCAUAUGAACAUUUUGCACAUUUCACGUUUAAAUGUAGAGGCUGAAGUAUAAGAUGUACUGUUUUGUCAUUUUGAUUAGGUGAUUGUUUGAUAUUGUUCACGAAGUAGCUUCUAAAAUAUUAAAAGAUUUUGUAUUGUUGGUCGUGAUAAUAGUUUGAUGAAGGUUUUAUCAGCUACAUUAUGCAGUUUAUAAAGAUGUGUUGCAGUUUUUCUCAUUGCACCAAAAUUGGGAUUCACAAUUAAUAACUAAUGGAAUAUAUUCCAGGUCUGGAUAGAACAGCCUAGAUGAACUAGUUGAUCUUUUCUUGUCCCUCUUUUUCAUUUGUUCAUAUGUCCGCUACCGAAGCAGUAAAAACUGUUACUUUUACUUAUUUCAUUAAUUUAAAAUGUGAAUAAACUUGAAGUUGGAAGAAGAGCAUGCUAAGUAAAGAGGAUUGCUAUAUUCUGCAUUAGAUUUUAAAAGUCGCCUUUGUAGCCCAAGAAAUAGAACUGUGUUCUCUUAGGCACAAAGAUCAAAAUGGUGGACCUCAUCAAAGCACAAGUAUAAUGUUAAACCGUUGUCUGUAUUUUUUUGUUGGUCAUUCCCUUUUAUAAGAUCAUGUUCUUUGUUGAUGAACAUCAAAUUUGCUUUGGAAAUAGAACAGGCUUUGAAAAUGAUAUUCCAUUUUGAGUAUUAAGUAGCUGUCAGACUAACCAAACUGGUAUACUAAAUUACUAUCUUUAGCAAGCUCUGCAUCAGGGCCCCAGUGAGUUUCAUGAUAUACAGAAAUGUGAUCUUUAAAUUUUGGAAAAUUCAAAGAAUACUCCAUGCUCCCACCUCCAGCAUAAAAAAAAGCCAGACCCCCUCCUUCGCACCCACACCUUCAAAGCCAGACACAAAAAACUGAGAAUUACACACACACACACACAAAAGUCCAUGCUGUUAUGAACAGCAAACUCCAGCUGACUCCCUCCCUCCAACAUGCUCUCACCAGCUCCUUUUCCCUGUCCUAAGUUCUAUCUUUUUAGGUCCAUUCUUCCCCUGCCCCCAGGUUGAAAACUGAGAGACUUCAACCUCAGUUCUGUAAGUCCCCUGAGCUUGGAGGGUUGGUUGUGGUUAAAAUGCAGCUUUCUGAUCUAAAUCCAUCCUUCAGGGAGUGCCUUUUUCUCAGCCACCAAGCCCAAGGGGUUUAACUGGUUGCCUAUCCUCAUAUAUUUAGUGCACAAAGCUGAUUUCAAUGACGGUAAGUUUCAUCUCUGUGAUUGAAUCACUUUUGCAUGUUUAAUAUGAGAAAAUGCAGGAAUGAGGCAAAAUUUGUCCAUGGACAAGAUUUAGACCCAAUAAUACAUUUACUGCAUGUUGUUCAUUCCCCCCAUCACUUCCUCUAUUCUGUGGAAUGAAUAAAUUCUGAGGUUUGAAACAUUAAAGCCCACAGCUUAAGGCUUCAAAAUGUUGUAUGAUUUUUUUCUUUGCAGAAAUGGAUUCAUGAUUAAAGGGGAGCAAAUUAGUUCAAUGUUAGAUAUAAAUAUAGUCCUCUAAUCUGAUGAUCUUGUUGUGGUGCAUUGCAGCUGAUGAACAGCUAAAAUACUUUACAGUGCAUCCCAAUGGCAUUUUUCCGGUUUAACAUAAUAGAAUCCAUACUGGCAGAUGUACAAGGUGCAUUUUUUAAGCAUUUCUGUUUCACCAAAUUGACACAUCAUUUAGGCGCCUCUGUUAUCUGUCAGACUAUUAUUAGGUAACCAUGGAUUUGAUGUAUGUUUGCAUAAAUACUGCAUGUUCAAAUAUUACUAUUAUUUGUUGUCUCAGAUGUUUAAGUGUUCAGUGAGAGUUCCCAGUUGUAGAACUCAACCUUGUGCUUCUAAUAAUUGUAAAUUUGCCAAACACAAAAAUUGUCGUCAUGUUAAUGUUAAAUUAAUGGGGUCAGUUUUAACUGCUCCUGCUUGGUGGGAAACAGGCGAAAGCAGGUUGAUUACCAACUUUAUACCCUGCCCAUUGAAGUCAAUCGGGAAAAAAAUGAAACCGAGUGCAAAAUUGGUGGUGAAGGCACUGCCACCCGUUCCCUAGCCAGGGGAACAGCUAGAAUUGAUCUAAAUGUUUCUGCUCAAAUUCUGUAUUUAACAGUACCUAUGAUUUACGCACCUGCCUGUCUACAGAGGCAUGUAUGAAGAAAUAAGCAGUAGAAUUUUGUAAAAGAGUUAUAAUUUAUGAUGCACAUUGUGCAUUAAAGUUCUAGAGAAUAAAACUUGAAGGUGAGUGUAAA